AUGUCGUACGCGACUCUCAAUAUCCAGUUCGGUCUCCCACCGCCACCGCCAAAGAGCGUCUUCUCUACCAUCAACAACGUGGAAGGUCGCGCCUGGUUUCCCGACUUUACACAAGACGAGGAUCCAGUGGGCUCACUGAAGCAAUUCGUCCGCGUACUCUUCUACCCUGUCUUGCGUAACAGCACCUUUAUUCAGCUCAAGGUGCUUUCAGUGCUCGCGGCAGUCAUUGGCAUCUGGAUUUUCCUCAUCGUCAUUCGACGAUUCUACCAGAAGUCCUUCUGGCUUUUCCGUCUCGUUGUCAGGAGCAAUGGUUCGCUGAUUGUGCCAAACGCUAUUACGGCCUUCGUUGCCAUUGAGAGCAUCUUUGUUAUCCUCCUCAUCGCUCUGUGCUGGGAAGUGAUGGCUUGGUAUCAAUAUGGCCAAUCACCCAAGUACAUCAUUCUCUGGAUCGGCUUGACAUGGCUCCCCCUCAUCCUUGGAGCUUGGUGCACUACCGUCGGUAUUGUCUAUGCUCGACCCGACGCGCUCAGCUUCGUCUCGCCACAGCCGGGCAAACCGCAAAGUAGGGCACUUUGUAUGGGUAUCACGCCUUCCGUCGUCAAUGUCUUUGUUUUCUGCAUUCCGGUCAUUCAGAUCGUCAGCAUCGUGGUUCCUGCUGCCUUUACGCAACAUCGCUUCACCAUCGCCUUUGAACACUAUCAUCGCUGGUCAGACGCUAUUCCAGCCGGAGCGACUCUUUCGAGGGAGAUGUUGCUUGAAGCGCAGCAUAUUUGGUUCAAGGUCCUUGAUGCUGCUUAUUACAUUUCGAUCUGCAUGGCGGUGUGGGAGUCAUGGGUCUGUUUGCUUUUCAUCUGCUACUGUCUUGCUGGUGGCUCGCUGAUCACUACGCUGCGGGCUCAGCUGGCGACAUUCAAGUCCUUCACGCAAAACUGCUCCUUCAGCGAAUCAGGCGCUGGACAGAAUGGUAAGAAUGGGCAACUGCGUCGUCCAAGGGACAUCUUCGCCAACAUUGUCGUAUCUGAAGACACUCAAGGUCAUGGUGAAGUCGACAUCGAGAAGCAGACGGCUACCAGUCCCACCACUCCCAAUCUGCUGUCAGUCCAGGCACCGCCGCGAUCGUUCUCCAUCUCGUCUGCUGUCUCCGACAGUGCAACGCUUGUAUCUGGCGGGGCUGGAAUCAAGCGUUCGGCUAGCCAGAGCAACGCCAACGGCAACCUGAUGCCUACCGCACGCCCUACCGGCCCAGACAACGACGAUGUCGACACAAUCGAAGCUCAAACUGCGUCAAUGUACUUCACCCAACAAGAGCUUCGAAACCAAGACCAGCCGUCGAACAGCUUCUUCCCAGCUGUUCGACCUUCGGCUUUCGAGCGUCCAGCGCAAGCGCAGGCUCAAGCAAGCAAGCAGAACUCGCAAAAGCGAUACCUCGAAAAAUUCUACACGAAUUUCCUGGUGCAGUUCGUCGGGCUCAUGCUGUGCAUCCUCUUCUUCGUUGUCUUUGUCGGAAAGCUCAUCACAACGUGGUACUCGGCAUGGGAGGCCAAUGACUUUGCGUCGGCGUUGCAGAUUGCGCUGCUGGUAGUCGUUUGGGUGACGGUGGUGCUAGCCAGCAUCAUCAUCUUUGCCAUUCUGAGCAGGACGUAUGAGCCGGUGCUGUCUAAUCUGAACGCUGCUUCUAACAGUAGGUCGGGUGGAAGCAGGCGUGAAAGCUUGGCGCAAAACAAUAAUGCCUCCAUUAAGUCUGGAUCAUUUGGAGCUGGAAGGAGGCUCAGCGGUGCCAAGGCAUGGGCGACGUCGACAUUGACUCAGCUGCCGAGCGGGGAGGAUCGACGUAGCCAGGACAUUGGGCUGGAUCGCAUGCGGCCGAGUCUUAGCGGACGCGACAGCAGAUCUGGAUCUCUGUCGGGUUUCGGUCGGCCGUCUUUGCAUGCGUACGCGGAGCUUGACGGCGAACACGAUUCUCCUCGCGUGGACCAUGAUCCACCAAGCCCUAAGGGUCAGCCUUUGUCGCUUUGCAGGUCGAAAACUUCGAGCACGACACAGGACUUGCAGGCAUCGUCUUCUUCGCCCACCAAGUUCGCGCAUGAGCCGCACAGACAGCGCUCUUUCCGCAGCUCAGCCUCAAGCUCGUCAACCAGCAAGGGCAGCAAAGCCAGCAACGGUGGUGGUGUAAUGGUCGAGCAGACCGUCAGCACCAUUGUUGAGGAUCCUGCGGUAGAAGAGUACUACCGUGUAGAGCGCCCCUGCAAGGCAACACGAUCUUCACCGAGCAAGUCCGAUAUUUCUGAGCAGGACAUCUAUACACCGCACAUGCUGGAUAGCAUUUUGUAUACUCCCAGCCGUUUCAGCCGCCAAAGCGAGUGGGCGGAUAGUCCUGUCACUCCAGCAACCAUGUGGUCGCCUUCCACACCUUUGUCAACCAGACCUUUGGUUUCGAAGAAGGAUGCCGGACGCGAAUUGCCGGACGAGGUGAUCGCCGCUGAUGGCGAGGACUGGGUGCUACAUCGUUCGCGUUCCGGUGCGGCGCUGCGAGGAUCAGCACAAUCGCAACCAGAUACAGCAGGAGAUGCAUCGGUUGGACUGGAUAUCGGGGUGACGUCCACACCGUGGACCGCGCCUCCUGUUUGGGGCAGUGGUGAGCCAGACGAAAUCCUAAAACAAGAGGACCAGGAGAUGCGAGUACGCAUGGCAACGCGUCCUAGCACUGCCAACAGCAGGAAGUAG